AUGUCCAUUGCAGAGAGAGAUUCGGGAACCAGGAUGUCGAUUGCAGAUGGAGAUGCAGGAACCGGAACAUCUAUUGCAGACGGAGAUGCGGGAACCGGGAAGUCAAUUACAGAUGGAGAUGUGGGAACCGGGAAGUCCAUUGUAGACGGAGAUGCGGGAACCGGGAUGUCCAUUGCAGAUAGAGAUGUGGGCACCAAAACGCUUAUUGCAGACGGAGAUGCGGGAACUGGGACGUGCAUUGCACACGGAGAUGCGGGAACCGUUACGUCCGUUGCAGACGGAGAUGCAGGAACCGGUACGUCCAUUGCAGACGGAGACGAGGGAACCGGGAUGUCUGUUGCAGAUGUAGAUGCGGGAACCAAAACGCUUAUUGCAGACGGAGAUGCGGGAACCGGGACGUCCAUUGCAGACGGAGAAGAUGAAACCGUGACGUCUUCUACGGACGGAGAUGCGGGAUCCGGGAUGUCCUCUGCAGAUGGAGAUGCGGAAACCAAAACGCUUAUUCCAAACGGAAAUGCGGGAACCUGGAAUUCUUUUCCAGAUGGAGAUGCGGGAACAAAGUGUGCUGACGUGGGUUCUGAAUAA